AUCGAAAAUGUCGAAAACAUCGCAUCGGACGAAAUGUGCGACAGACAAAGAAAUGUCGAGAAAUGUCAUGACUGUCAACGCACGACCAAUACGCACAUGACUUACACUUGCUGUAUUGGAAGUAACUGUUUUGUCACACUCUGAUUUGUGUUAUUUGGACCCAUUCUGCACACAGAUUUUUCGUUUCACACCAGAAAUCAACAAAAUGGGACUCUCACCUGAUGCCAAAGAGCGCUUGGGCGUUGUAUUCGAUGUCGCUAAAACUGUAUUCCACUGGGGAUUCAUUCCAGCUGUCCUGUAUUUAGGAUUCAAAAAAGGUGCUGAGCAAGGACAUCCUCCAUUAUCCAUUUUUAGUUUGCUGUGGCAGUAGAAAUCCAUAGGAUAUGUGUUAAUAAUACAAACUUACAGACUUAGAAAUAAAGCCGAACGAUUAAAUGCAUUGAAAAUAAAUCCAAGUUAAAUUAACCAA